CUCCUCUCCUCCUGCCCGCUCUCCCUUUCCACCCCGCACCUCCUGAGGGUUCCCCUACUGCAUGUGGUGCUUUUUCUCAAAACUCUGGUGCGGGGAGGAAGGUGGGCACCGGCAGUGCGAGGGCUUAUCAGCAAGGCUUGUCAUUAUGAGUAUCUUUUUAUUCUAAAAAACACCAGAAGAAAUGUCCAGGCUUUUGAAGAUGUGUUUCUUGUUGAUAUCAAUGAAUCAUGCUGAGCUUGCUCACAGUCAGAACUCUGAAGAUUUGCCUCCGUUGUUACACAAAGCUGUGGAGGAAGUAAUAGCUGGGAAAUAUCUGAAUGCCCUCCUAGAUAUACUUUAUUUUCAAAGCUCUAAUGUCUGGACAGCAGAUCUGCUUACAAAAGUCAUGGCAUAUUUUCAUGCCCAGGAAGUUAUGUUUACUCUUAGCAGCCUCCAGAUGUCCAUAAAAAGUUACCUGAAGAACCUUUUAUACCAGCCCAGGCAGCUACUCUCUGAAUUGCAACAGCUUGAUCAGCAUCAGUUCCAAACUGCAAUGAAGUACCUCUUCAACAGCAAAAAGGAGCAUCUUGAAAUGGGAAAUAUUAUUCUUGACUGGGGCAAGACUAGAGAGAUAAUUUUUCAAAGCCCAGGAGUAAACAGGACCUUGUUCCUCGUAACACUGGAUAAAUGCUUCUUGGUUCUGAGCGCCCUGGACUGUGUGGAUAUCCUGAGUCAGCUUCUGCGUGUGUCAGCAGUGAGCUAUCUCCAACCUGAUGUCAUUGGGAGUCUCCCAAACCUUCUGCUGGAGGAUGCUUUCAGAAACUUAUCAUCAUUAUUCAAGGACCUCUAUGACAGAACCUCAGCAAGCACUCAGAGAGCUCUCUAUGGCUGGAUGAAGCAGAUUCUACAGAAAUCUUAUAACAUGAGUGAGUUCAAUGAAUCAACUUCUUGGGUCAGUGCAGAGAGCUUAUGGAUUUUGGGAAGAUACAUGGUCCAUCUCCCAUUAGAAGAAAUUCUGAAAAUUAGUCUCAAUGAAAUCAGACUGUUCAUUAGCUACGACAAUGCAACAAAGCAGUUGGACACGGUGUAUGAUAUCACACCAGAGCUUGCACAGGCCCUCCUGGAAAGGAUAAACUCAUCAGGAUUUGAUAUGAGGAACACUUCAACUAUCUACAGACUGGGUUUGUUGGUUUGCUUUUAUGAUGACCUGGAACAGAUGGAUGCAGCUGUGGCCCGGACUCUCCUUCAUCAAAUGAUUAAAUGCAAUCAGCUGAGAGGUUUCCAGGCAGAGGUUCAUGAGCUCAAAUCUCAACUCCUGAACAUUGCUGUGCAAAACCAGACAUUGAAUGAUACCCUUGGAUCUCUGUCAGAUGCUGUGGUUGGACUAACUUCAAGUCAGCUGGAAUCUCUGUCACCUGAAGCAGUGCAUAAUGCUGUUGCAACAUUAAACCAAGUCUCUGGGUGGGCAAAGAGCCAAGUUAUGAUUUUAGCCAAUAAAUAUCUCUCUUAUGAAAAGGUUUUAUCAUUUUACAACGUGAGCCAAAUGGGAGCCUUUGUGACAGGAAUUGGCACCCAGUCACUCCACAGCAUGAACCCUAGGGAGUUGGCUCAGAUUAUUCGAGGCACAAUGUCCCAGUACUUGUCUGACUUAUCUCCUGCACAGCAACAGGGCAUCCUCAGGAAGAUAGCUGCAUCUGGAGAUUUUUCUUCAUCAGUCAAAGAUAUACAAGGAGCUUUCUUUAAAGAAGUCUCUCUUUCUGGUUUAUGGAGUCUAACUGGAUAUAAUUCUUCAAUGCUGAAAGAAAAAGAACUAAGAAGCAGCCAGGCUUUGUAUCUGUAUGAAUUACUGUCCAAGGAAAACUAUCCUGUUGACCUUCUGAGCACAGGACAGCUUGUGAAAGGAAUUACUUGUCAACUCAUUGAAAGUAUGGACACAGACAUAUUUUUAAACAAUUUUAAAUUCUUUGAAAUGAAUCUUUAUCUGCUUUCUCCAUAUCAGGUUAAUUGUUUGGCUUGGAAAUUUUGGGAAGUCUCCAAUGCAUCCAUUCCUCCCUUCCUCUUACUGGCACUUCCUUCUGAGUACCUGGAGUACGUUACAGGCCCUUUGUGUGUCCCUUUCCUUGAACGUCUGGGGAAGACUGGAAUGGACCUUCUGAACCCAAGCCAUCACAAAAGGGAUGCUGUUCUGCAAAAAUUACAGGAGUGCUUGAACAGCUCCAUUGCUGAUGAAUAUGAUGUUGAUCUCCUUGGAAAUCUAAUCUGCCACUUACCUCCAGCCUUUCUACAUGGCAGAGUGUCCCUGAAGGCAAUGGCAGCCGCCCUACAUCAAUUCAAACUUUGCCAGCAGCUCAACCAUGAGCAGAAGACUGAAAUUAAAUACAAACUCCUUCAGUUAUAUGGCUCCUCAAACAACUGGACAGCAGAAACAACAUUAGAUGUUGGACCAUUCAUAGUUCUGCUGUCAAAAGAGGAAUUAAAUGUCCUUACUGUAAAGUUCCCAGAUAUCAUUUUACAAAUAGCAAAGACAGUUGGACCAGUUUCCUCAGCUGAAGAGCUUCUGUCAGCUGUGUUCGAGUCAGUCUCCAACGGCACUGGCAGCACCCUCCUGUCUCUCAGCAGAGCUGAUUGCUUGAGAACCAGAGCUCCUUCUUCAAAUGAAAUAAUUAAAUUAGGAGAAGCAAAUGUCUUUUGGUCAGUUCAGGAACUGAACUGCAUGGACCCAGGGACUUUUGACAAAAAUGUGGAACUUCUUGGGGCUGUCUCAGGUUUUAACAGCUCCCAGCUGACUGCCUUGAAGGAAAAAGCCAAGCAGGUUUGGGGGUUGCUGCCAGACUGGAGGAGUUACCAGAUCAUCUCCCUGGGCCGCAUUGCUCUGGCACUCACUGAGCAGGAAAUCACAGAGCUGGACCUGCACUCCAUCGACACUGUUGCUGUUCUUAGUCAGCAAACAGAGUGGACUCUCACCCAGGCAAGAGCUAUUUUGCAAGGUUUUCUAGAUGACUCUGGCCAGACCAUCAGCACACUACAAAGUUUUGACUUAGUUGGAUUAGGAGCUGUUCUCUGUGCUUUGAAUUCCACAGAAAUCAUGUCCAUAAGGACUGCUGAAUUCAGUGCUGCAAUUGCAAGAAUUGGCCUGUUGUUUUGUACCACCCCUGUUCUGAGGCACUUUAAGAAGAUGACAGAAUCCGUGUUUGGUGCUGCUACCAGCUGGAAUGGCUCAGUUUUACAGGAAAUUGGUACUAUAGCAGGUGGUUUGAAUGAGGAUGAAUUAAAAGCUUUUGAUAAAAGCUUGAUGCCAUAUUUCCAGCCAUCAGCAGUAAGACAUAUACCUCCUGAAAUUUUCCAAGCAUUGUCCCCAGAACAAAUAGCAAACCUGGGCCCUGAGAAUGCUGCCAUGGUCACAGGAUGGCAGCGGGAGCGUCUGGAUGCAGCACAGCUCCAGAGCCUGGGGCUGGCACUGGAUGGAGCCAGGAGCAGCAGCCCAGGGACACAGAGCCCUGCAGGAACUCUCCAGGAGGGGCAAACCCCAGCUCAGAGCAGUGAGUGGAGUCCUCCCUGCUCCUGCCUAGGGGAAGGGCACACAGCAGUGGGUUGUGAGGUCUCACAGCAUGCACCAGGGUUGGGCCUCUAUUCUGAGGGUGGAUUACAGUCAAUUUACUAAUCAACUUCUGUAGUCAUGCCUCAAAUCACAUUCCUGACCAAGACAAACAGCCAGGAGGAUGUUGGAUUUACUCACAACAAAAGGU